AUGAGUACCUUGUCCACCAUUUGUCAGAAACACAUCAAACACAUUGAAGGUACUUUAUUAAUUAAAUACUUAGCAUUCUGUUCUGAUGAUUGUUCAAUGUUAUGUAUUAAUUGCAUUCUCUAUGAUGGUCAUAAAGGCCAUUAGUUUCAAUCUUUGGAUGAUGUAAUUUACUAUUCUCUAAUUAGAGUUUACGAAUGGAAUUAAAUAGAUUUUACUCUAUUUCUGAAAAUGUCCAAUAAAAUCAUUAGAAAGCCAUUAAGCAUUUUUAAUAGUUAGCAUAGAUGAAUGACCAACUUGACAUAGAAUAUCAAAGACUUAAUAUUGAAAUAACCAAAUUUUUCAAUUCAAUUAGACAAUCCAUCCAAGAACGAGAAUCCAAACUUCAGGAAUAAGUAAUCUACUUUUAACUCUUAGUUAAAUUAAUCACUUAUCAACUAGAAACAAUAGAUUUCUCAAAAUUAAUCGAAGCUGUAAAUACAAUUAUAAGAUAUUAAUGAUUAUUUAUAAGAACUCUCAGAAUUAGACGAAAAAUCUUAAGAUCCUAUUAAAUUUUUAUAAAAUACUUAAAAUAGAACUAAACUAAUCAAUAAAUUACCGAAAUCUAUUCUAACAAUUGAUUAAUAAAUUAAAUUUCCUGAACUUAAUAAAGAACAUGAAAAUUAAAAUAUUAUUAAACUUUUAUCUAAAAAAACGAACUCAUAACAAAUUUUACCACCUCCUCCUACUUAAUAGACAGCAUCAACUUAAUAAAAAAUAGUUUAAUCAAUUAAAAAAUAAAGCAAUAAUUAAUAGUAAUCAUCUUAUAAUGCUUAAUAUCAAUAAUAAUAAAAUUAAAUCAUUUAGCAGUAAACUUAAUAAUAAUAAUAAAAAAAAAUGAAUUAAUCUAAAAAAGUACCUUUAAGUGAAACUAAUGGACCUUGUGCAGUUUAAAUAAAUCUAAAGAAGAAAGUAGAAGAAAAAUAAAUUAAUCAAGUGAGAUUGACAAAUUUUUAAGAAGCAAGAAAUCAGAUGAAAGAAAGAAACUAUGAAAAAAGUAUAGAAAGGAGAAAAGAUAGAGAUCAUAGUACUCCAAGAAGAUUAUUUAAAAAUUAAUCAAAAGUUAGUUAAGAUCCAUAAUCACCAUUUGCGCAUUAGGAUGAUUCAAAAUAAGAUUUUAAUACAUUUUUAAAUUCAAUACAUGAUUUUGAACCUGAAUUAACUAAUGUUAGUCAUAUGUCAAUGGAUUAUCAAUAUAUUACAAUAGGCGGUUUUGUUGAUAGUUUAAAAUAAAUUGUUGAAAAAUAUGAUAUAAAAACAGAUUAUCCAAGUGAAAAAGAUUAAUUAAAAAAUAACAGAUGUAAAUUUGGUAUCGCACAUUUAAUAAAUGGAAAUGUUUUACUAAUGGGUGGAAAAGUUGAUGGAGUUCGUAUUGAUACAUGUGAAGAGUAUAAUUAUAAAGAUAAGAAAGUUAUUUAAUCAAAAAUUAAAUUACCAUCUUCCAGAAGUGGAUUUGGUACAUUGAAUGUAAAUUAAUUUAUUUAUGUAAUUGGUGGUAAUGAUGGUUAAGGUAAUUUUAAUUUGUUAUGAUUUUUAGAGAAUUUAAAAGAUUUCGAUUGUUUUAAUUAGAUAGAUAAUAAUUGGAUUAAGUUUCCAACAAUGAUAGAAGCCAGAGAUGAAUUGGCUGUUUGUAUGUAUGAGAAUGCAAUAUUUGCAAUAGGAGGAUUUGGUGGAUAAUGUAAUGAAAUAAUAUUUAAUAUUUUUAGUUAAUACAUGUCUUAAGACUGUUGAAGUUUUCACUUCAGGUAAAUGGGGACAUUGUGCUCCAUUAAAUAUACCAAGAAGAGCAUUAGCAGGAGUUUCAUUGCCUGAUGGAAUAUAUGCAAUUGGAGGUUUUGAUGGAACAUAAUAUCUAAACAGCGUAGAAAAGUAUGAAGAUGGUCGAUGGACUUUAAUUGAACCUAUGAUCCAUCCCAGAUGUACUCUCUCUGCUUUACCAACUCCAGAUAAUUAAUAUAUUUAUGUAUUUGGAGGAUUCGAUAAUGGUCCUCUUGAUUCAGUUGAAAAGUAUCAUUCUUAAAUUAAAUUCAAGAUAUUCAGUAUUAAGUGGAAAUUGGGAAGAAAUUAAUUCAUUGUUGGCUAAAAGGUUUAUGCAUUAAACCUUUAUUACACUAUCAUGA